GGCGGGGCAGCGGGACGGGGAUGGGCAGUGCGGCGGGACGGCUCACGUCCCCCCUUUUGUUUCUCUCCAGGGUGUUUGUGCUUCUCCGAGCCUCUCUCCCCGCCCCCGACUCUCCCGCCCGCCCCGCCGGGACCUCUCCUCUCCGGGCGGCACCAGAGUCGCCUCGGGGCGGGCGACGGCAGAGGUGCUGGUGGGGCGCUCUCGCCGUCCAGCCCGCUGGGAACAUGGCGACCGGCGGCUACCGCAGCGCCGGGGGCAGCACCACGGACUUUCUGGAGGAGUGGAAAGCCAAGCGGGAGAAGAUGCGGGCAAAGCAGGCGCCGCCGGCCGCGGGCGCACCGGCCGGAGGGGAGCCCCGUCCCGCAGGGGGCGGCCCCUCCGCCGAGCUGAACAACAACAACAACAACCUGCCCCCCGACCGCGCGGCGCCCCCCGCCGGCGGGGCCGUGAACUGCGUCAGCCUGGCCAGCGCCGCCCUGGGCCGCGCCGCCCCCGCCAAGGAGCCGCCGCCUGCCCUCGCCGGGGGCCGCGGGGUCGAGACCGCCGCCGCGCCGGACUCCCCCGAGGGCGAGGAGAAGCUGGCCGCCAAGGGAAAGAGCUCAGGCCCCAGCGCCAGGAAGGGGAAGGGGCAGAUCGAGAAGAGGAAGCUGAGAGAGAAGAGGAGGUCGACAGGUGUGGUGAACAUCCCGGCCGCCGAGAGCCUUGAUGAGUAUGAAGAUGACGAAGCAGGGCAGAAGGAACGAAAGAAGGAGGAUGCUAUUACCCAGCAGAAUACGAUACAAAAUGAGAGUUCCAUUGCAGAUACCUCUAGCUCAUACUUACUCCAGGACUCCUCCAGGAUGGUUUCAAGCAGGUAUAAAAGCACAGCUAAUGCACCAGAAGAUGACGCUCCAAACAGAUAUUCCCGAACAGAGAGGACAACUUACAGCAGAUACAGCAGGGAUGCAAAUUCUUCUGGCAGUUCUCUACCAAGUAACACUUUGGAAAAGAGGAUUGAGGAACUUGAAAGGGAACUUGCAAAGGAAAGACAGGAAAAUGCAAGAUUAAUGAAGAUGACGCAGGACAAAGAAGAACUAAUUGGAAAGCUGAAGGAAGAAAUUGAUUUAUUAAACAGAGACCUAGAUGAUAUAGAAGAUGAAAAUGAACAGUUGAAACAAGAGAAUAAAACCCUCUUGAAAGUUGUUGGACAGCUGACAAGGUAGAAGAUUCAGACCUCAAUGAGGAAAGAUUUAAAAACUACUGAGUGAACAUUAAGGUCAAUGUAGUAAUACUUCCUGUGUGUUGCAGUAUGUUAUAGUAACUGUUUGUAUAUUUAUUGUUAGGAAACCAGAUGAAUGUUUAUUUUCAUAGUACUUGUUCAGUGAAAUGACAUAAAAUUUGGGGUAUAUUUUUAGCUUUCUUUUCACAUAAGCAUAAUUAAACUUUUUGAUGUAUUUGCAAAACAUUAAGUUCAAAAAUAUUUGGGUUUUGUAUCUUCAGAUUACAUCUGCAUAAAUUACAAUAAUUUAAAAUUCAUAGCACCAAGAUCACUUUCAAUCCAUGUGGGUGUAUAUUUUUUAAAUAAAUGGAAGCAAUACAUAUAAACUUUGUUUACAGAGAUCCAAAAUAUAUAUUUUGGGAAAAGCUUCCUUUUUUGUUUAAACAACUGUAAAGUGGAUGCCUUAUUACUGAUGUGUAACAUUUUGCAGAUUGAUGACUUGCUCUAGAACUCCUCUUGUAUGUUGAAGUUUUUUUUACUGUAUCUGAAAGAUUGACAGUAGUAGAGAGUAGCAAUUUUUUUUCUGUGUUUAACAGUAUUCUGUCAGGAGGGGAAGAUUUUACUGAAAAAAAAAAAGCAAA